AAAAAAAAAACGAAACACAGCAACCAAGUCAACGUUUUCUUUCUUUCCAUCCUUUUUUCGCUGAUUUUCCGGGAUUCCAAUCUGUUACGCAUUUCCGUUUUAAUACUAAUCACGAAUCCGAACUACAAUCAAAGAAUCAUUCAUCAUCUUCAGUUUUCGGUAACCCAAAAUCAUGCAAAUCAAUCACGAACUGUUGCCAAAGUUUACGAGACCUUCGAACACUAUAAAACCGAAGCCUCCAACCCGUUCAAGUCCGUCACAUCUUCAAAACCACACUCUACUCUCGAUACCCUUUCACACACUGACAACACUCUUUCGAUUAACAUUACAUCCUCGCCGGAGCCGGAGAAACUGGUAUCCACACCGGAGUCUUGCCGAAGAUCGGAGCUCGCCGGAAACACACAUAACCGUGUCGGAGAAGACGACAGGAGUCACGACGGAACUUGCAAAUCUUUGCGUUUCGGAUAAUCACUCUCGUGCAUUUGGAUUCUCCAUCUUUACUUGUGCAUUCUUACCAGAAAUCGCAACGCAACCAUUGUUGAUAGAUGAAGAAUUCAAGAAUCAAGUUAGGGUGGACUAGAAACUCACCUAGAAAAUAAACUAUGGUUGAAAGAUGAUUUAUGUUUUAAUCAUGUUGAAACAAUGUAUUGUUCUUUAGUUUUAAUAGAAUGAUUUAAUCUAUAUUGUCA